UUGAGCCAAGUGCAGCAAUGAGAGAGCGGCUUAAGGGGUAAUCAGUAUAACUGAAGCCACAGCAAUUGGAACAACACCAAGCGGAAAACAAGUUUGGGUCCAUUGUGUAUAAAAAAGAAAAAAAAAAUUAAAGAAAAGUAAAAGGAAGGUUCGCGUGUCAACUUGAAAUGACUGUAAUUACGAAACUUUUGAAUAUACUGGUGAUUGUUUUAUGGGCACUUAUCAGUGUUGACGCGUAUGAUCCAAAUGAUACCAAAAUAGUUGAGUGUUGCCUACCGCCAGAAGGAAUGUUUGAAGCCUUUUAUCCUCGUGAAGUGGAGGGAAUUCCUAAUAGCGCUUCUCGACCAGCUCACGGGCAUGGCAGUUUCUUUAAGCAUCGCAAUCCUGCUCUGGUGGACACGAAAAAUGCAGCAGCCUAUGGCUAUCGCUUUGAUGGAAAACGACGCUUUAACUUUGAUUAGCUUGUAAAAUACUAAAAUACAUUCAAGCUAAAUAAAUAAAAUAUAUUA